AGCUUUUGGUAACCACAAUCCUUCAGUCAGUGACUCUCUCCCAGCUUCAGCCGGUGGCAUCAGGAGUGCCCCACAGCGUCUGUCAGGUGUAACAGAAGCCGUCCUGCAGACAAAAUGAAUCCUGUCCUGUCCUUGAGCGGCGUGGUCCUCCUGCUCCUGUCCCUGUCCACUUGGGCUCGUGCUGAACCACGCAGGACGACGUCAGCGCAGAGCAGAUCCCCCCGCGCGCCUGCAGCCAAAGUGCGACUUGCAGGAAAUUUUGCUCGUGAUCCGAAUGAGGGUCGUGUUGAGGUCCUGCACAACAACACCUGGGGCACCGUGUGUGACGAUGAGGUGGACAUCAAACUAGCCAAUGUGGUGUGCAAAGAGCUGGGCUUCCAUAGCGCCAUCACGUGGGCACACAGCGCCAAGUACGGAGAGGGAGAGGGUCCCAUAUGGAUGGACAAUGUGCGCUGUGAUGGCUCUGAGAAAUCCCUCAAGGAAUGUAAGCACAAUGGUUGGGGAGUGAAUGAUUGUAAGCAUUCAGAAGAUUUGGGGGUCGUGUGUGCCCCUGAACGCAGGUUGGACCAAACAGCCAGUAGGGGGCACACUUCUCUGAGGACCAAUCUGAACCCUGCGCCUCAGUGGCAGGGCCCAGUUUCCACCAGAAGACACCCUGCGUAUGGCUACUAUGGAAAUGGACAUCCAUAUGAAGUACCAAGGUUCAACAGACCCCAUCUUUACCAGGGUCAUAGUAAGGUCCGCAUUGAGGAGGUGCGCCUCCGUCCUAUCCUCAUGGCCACCAAGCGAAAGAGCUUGAUUACAGAAGGCGUGGUUGAAGUAAAGCAUGCUGGGAGAUGGAGGCAGGUGUGUGAUUUGGGCUGGAGUCUAAACAGCAGCAGAGUUGUAUGUGGGAUGCUUGGCUUUCCAGAGGCUACCCAGCACAACGUCAAAACAUACAAGAAAAUAUGGGAUACAAAGGUUGCAGAUCCCUCAACAAGACUGAGCUUGAUGACAAAGAAGAAGGGUUUCUGGGUAGAGAAAGUGCACUGUUUGGGCACAGAAAACACUUUGUCUGAAUGUCAUGCUCAGCUCUCCAUCCCACGUAAUCCCUUCCCAUGCAACAAAGGAAGACAUGCAGUGGUCAAGUGUGUCCCAGGACCCCAGUUUGCACGGAUAUCAUCUGGAAGACCGCAGGCCCCUUAUCCAGUUGUGCCUGUGCGUCUGAAGGCCGGGCCCAGACUGGGUGAGGGUCGUGUGGAGGUGCUCCGAGAUGGAAAAUGGGGAACAAUUGUGGACCAUAUGUGGGACAGAACAGCCGCUAGUGUGGUGUGCCGAGAGCUGGGCUUUGGUACUGCUAAAGACGCACUACAUGGAGCUUUUAUGGGACAAG